AUGUUCAAAAAAUUCGAUGAGAAGGAGGAUAUCAUUGGCACUCAGCAGCUCAAGUCAUCUGCACAGAAAUCCAUACGAUCGAAGAUCUUGGAGCAACUGCCACUGUUAGAGGACCAUAUCGCUGACAUACUGCCCAGGAAGGACACAUUUCCAGAACAUGUUGAAUUAAUAGCCGAUUGUGACGGAAGGAUGCUUUUUAUCAAGCCGAGAGAUAUACCUUACAUACCAUCGCUGCGUUUGCUUCACAUGUAUCCAUUUAUCUUACCACAUGAGCAGGUGGACAAAGGUGCGAUCCGAUUUGUUUUGAAUGGCUCACAAAUCAUGUGUCCAGGCCUAACGAGUCCAGGAGCAAAACUGAAUCUCAGUGUUCCGAAGGAUAGUGUGGUUGCUAUAAUGGCUGAAGGGAAACGGCAUGCAUUGGCUGUUGGAUUAACAAAAAUGUCUGCGGAUGAAAUACAAACUGUUAACAAAGGCGUCGGCAUUGAAAACUUACACCACUUGAACGAUGGCUUGUGGAAAGUGACGACAAUCUUAUGA